AUGUGGUCCAUGUGCAUAAAUAGAAUCUAUUGUCCCACCAUGUUAUUUUUAAGGAUAACCUACACCAUCCCAUCACUAUACAACAUUCCAUCCAUGGAUGAAAACCACCUCCACCACCCCCUCCUCUCUUUGGCAACCCAUGCAAACACCACAACAACCACCUCCACCGCCACUGGCGUUGUGAGUCAAACACCAAACGACACCUCAUCCAACUUCGGUCUACCUAUACGCCUCCUUGUUGUCCUCUUAUUCGGGUUCAUAUCCAUAUGGGCAAACCAUGAGGCAUCAAAAGGAUUUCCGAUCACAGUCGUCAACAACAUCAAGGACACACCAGCAGGUGACAAGUUCACUCUCUUCUACAUCUCCAACGAUGAAGCUAUCCGGUUAGUUCAAAGUUCGUCUUCUUUUGCUGCCAAUGUUCUUUUUACUGGCACACCUGAGAAGAAGCUCAUUGACCAGGUUGAUGUCCAUUUAGUCAGCCAUAAUCUAACCAAUGUUGAUCAUACAGUUGCUGUCAAGUUUUUAGGGCAAAAGAGGAAGUUUGUACUUUCUAUAAACCCUAAUGUAAUGGACUUUGUUGAUUUUAAGUACAGGAUUAGAAAGGAAAUUCAGAGAGGUAUGGCAGAAAUAUUGCUUCUUAGUCAGCAAAUUAGAGCUCCAGAGACCUUGCUUGAUGGAAUGGUUGAAUAUGUAAGCGAUUUGGCCGGUUUUUCCGGUGGGUUUUCGGGUCCAAACCCGGUGUUUAAGUUGAGGGAUUUCAGUGAGAAGUGUUGGGAAGACAAGGAUCCAAGAAUAGUGGCUAAGUUUUUGGAAUUCUGUGUGAAAAAAAGUGAAGGAUUUGUUGGGAGAUUGAACCAGGAAAUUAAGAGAGAUGGUUGGUCUGAGAAAAUGAUGGGUGAAGUACUUGGAAAGCCAGCCAUACAUUUUUGUCUAGAGUUUCAUGAUUCCAUGAUUAAAGAAUGAGAAUUUCUUGACCUUCUUUUUUCAUUCAUUACUUUAUUAUUGUGGAGAAAUUAAGUUGAUCUCAAUGACUGGAUAAAUUUCCCAAUCAAAUGACAAUUUUGUAAAUAAAUGGCUAGAAAAUCAUAGAUAGUAUUCAAUCCGUUCCUAAAUAAGUAUCAUGUAUUAUAAAUCGGACAUUUUGUCAUGUUUUUAUUUUUGUACAUACACUUUUCUCACUUUUCCAUAAA